ACCCUCAAGUCACAACUCCCACGUAUCCAAAUCAAAAUACUCUCCCCAAAUCCCAAAACGACGAGCAUUAACCAACUUUGCCCCAAUUACGACGUCGUUUCGCACCCCUCUUUAGCUUCUUCUCCAAGAACCUUCUUUAAUCUUCAGACAAUUUCUCCCUUCUCCCUCAAUUCAUCAACCUCAAUUUCUUUCUCUCUCUAAAUUUCUCCAUCACAAAGCGCCGAAAAUGUCGCUAACUAGGGUUUUGGGAAGAGCGUCAAGAACUACGCUUUCCCAAUGUCGGGCCUACUUUCUCUCUCCUCCUCCCCUUCAUCAACACAAUUCCCCUUUCUCUGUCCUAUGUAAUCGAUUCCAUUCUCUUUCCGACGUUUCUAGCAAGGCAUCUCCUUUGCAUAAUGGACUAUGUAGAAUUGUUGCUUUCCCUCAUCGUGAAAUGUCAACCUUUGCAUCUCCUGAACAAGAGCAGGGGACACCUGCUGAGAAUAAAGGAGAUAAUGGUGGUGCUGAUGGUGCAAAGCAAUCAGGUGAGGGAAUUAAUGCAGACAGUGAGACUUCUGCACAAAGUCAAGAAACAGGUUCUACUUCAGAUACACAACCUACGUCUCAGUCUGUCAAAAGACGGAGUCGAGGCACUAAAAUAACUGCCUUUUCUGAUUCAGAUUCCGAGGAAAACAUGGAUGACCUUUCCAAAGAAGAUCUGGUAAAACUUGUGCUGGAGAAGGAGAAAACCUUGGAGAACAAACAAAAAGAGUUUGCUGAAUUUAAAGACAAAUUUCUUCGUAGUUACGCCGAAUUAGAGAAUAUCAUGGAAAGAACACGACGCGAUGCAGAGAACUCAAAGAAAUUUGCCGUGCAGAGUUUUGCAAAGAAUCUACUGGAUGUUGCUGACAACCUUGGCAGAGCAGCCUCUGUAACCAGAGAGAGUGUCAAUAAAAUUGAUGUCUCUCAGGAGACUGUUGGAGCAAUGCCACUUUUGAAAACCCUGCUGGAAGGUGUAGAAAUGACAGAAAAGCAGCUUGCAGAGGUAUUCAGAAAAGCUGGUGUUGAGAAAUAUGAAUCUAUUGAUGAGCAAUUUGAUCCUAACAGGCAUAAUGCUGUGUUUCAAGUUCCUGACAAUUCUAAGCCUCCUGGCACUGUUGCUGUUGUCCUCAAGGCGGGCUACAUGCUUAACGACAGGAUCAUCCGACCAGCUGAAGUUGGUGUUACCAUUGCUGUAGAAAAUAACGAUGCCAGCUCUUGAAGCUCAAGAUAUCUUGUCCAAGCCCCUUCACUAUACCUGAGAAUUUUGUCAAUGCUUGCAAUUGUCUGAAUAUUACAACACUUUUCUGACACUAGGUUAGCAUAGUUGCCUCCGUGGUACUAUUUUUUGUCUCCUUCCCUUGAAAUUUGUUGCAAUUACAACAUAAAUGAGCUUCAAAGCAACAUUUAGCUCUACUUUGUAUUUAUGAAGUGAUCACAGGCUAAGUUUACUGGUGGCUUCAGGAUAGUUACGGGCUAUAGCUUCUGGAUGUCGAGUCAAUUGGGUAAUUAUAAGCAAAAAAUGCAACAAUUAAGGUCAAGUGAUUUGGUAACUGCAGUUGUACUUUACAUGGGUAUAAAAAAUUUAGUCUUAA